UCACAUGUAUAGCUAGUAUCUCUAUAUAAGUAGCAUAUAUAUCUAUAUAUAUAUAUAUGUGCCUCUUGAGUGUUGCCUUCUUCCUCUUCGCUACAUCUGAGCUAAGAAUCCAGAUAUAUAAGUAUUUGAGCAUGGAUGAGCAGCAGCAGGUUCAAUCAUUCGAACAUUUUUGCUACAUCCGCUGCAACUUCUGCAACACUGUUCUUGCGGUUGGGAUUCCAUGCAAGAAGUUGUUGGAUACAGUGACAGUGAAAUGUGGGCAUUGCAGCAAUCUCUCAUUCCUCAGCACCUGCACUGCCAAGCCGCCAAUUCAACCACAAUGCUUCAAUAUUGAUCAUCACCACGCCUCAACUCUUUUUCAUCAUCAUCAGGGUUUGUGCAGUGAAUUUAAGAUCAACGGCCAGUCUGUAUCAUCAUCAUCAUCAACUUCUUCCUCCACAAUAUCCACCCAGCCCUCAUCUCCUAAAGCUCCAUAUGUCGUCAAACCUCCUGAGAAGAAGCAUAGGCUUCCAUCCGCCUACAAUCGCUUCAUGAAAGAGGAGAUACAGCGCAUAAAGGCUGCAGAUCCAGAGAUCCCACAUCGAGAGGCUUUCAGUGCUGCUGCCAAAAAUUGGGCUAGGUACAUUCCAAACACUCCACAAGGAUCUGCUUCCACCAGCGGUAGUAACAUUAAUGCUUAAGCAAGAACAAAACUGGAAGCAAUCAAAAGGGAUUUGGUCUUAAGAUGAAAUUAAGGCUGCUAGUUUUAAGGCAAUGUGGGGAGAGGAAUGGAAAUAUUGCUAGUUACUUAGGUAUUUAGUUCAGUUAAUCUCAAUUAGCUUUGUCUCAUAUGUAACUAUCGCUGUGCUAAUUAAAAUGGAAUUUCUUCCUUAACCCUCAACU